AUGAUUCCAAUAACGAUAAUACAAACAUCUGAUAAGGCAAAAAAUAGGUACAUUAAUAGAUCAUUGACUACGUUCUUGGUUUUAGUACAAUUCGACAAAGUUGCACAGCUACCUUAUGAAGUACAAAGUGUAGAGUUAAAUGAUGUAUCAGAUUGGAUGAUCGAUUUUUGUGAUUCAUCUCAGGAUUCCUAUUAA